AGAAGAAGAACAAGCAGGAACCUUUCUUCUGCUGCUGAGACAUGCACGGAACUCACGAAAGGGGGACACACACUAGUAGCGCUAAUGCUAGCAAGUUAUGUAGCUAGCUUUGCCGGUUCCUUCCUGACAAUAGUUCACCUUGCUUUUUCUCACCAGUUUACUGUCACUGUAUUUCAUUUGACUGCUAAAGGGCCGCAUGACAGUGACGGGGCUGUCUACGUGUCUACUGUUUGGUGAAAUAUUCAUGAUGCAGCUGAGGUGCCAACAAUGAGAGAAGGAGUGUGUGCUGUGUGACUCAGCUCUUGUGUAGCCAUGGAGAAGCCCUGGAGGCUGUGGGGGGCAAUAGAGCGUUGUACCCUGACUCUGGCCUCCUGGUCCUGGGGGGCUUGUCGCGUCUCCCUUUUGGCCCUCAUCCUCACCUUCCACCUGUAUGGAGGAUUUUUUCUCCUAGCACUUAUCCUAGCCUCUGUGGCAGGCAUUCUCUACAAAUUCCAGGAUGUGCUCCUCUACUUCCCAGACCAGCCCUCCUCCUCUCGCCUUUAUGUUCCCAUGCCAACAGGAAUCCCUCACGAGAAUGUGUACAUUCGCACCAAGGACGGUGUGAAGCUCAACCUCAUCCUGCUUCGCUACACGGGAGGCGACGCGCCUCCAGGAGUCAACCCUGGCAAUCAAAGCAGCCCCACUUCCUCUGCUCCACCCACCAUCCUUUACUUCCACGGUAAUGCAGGUAAUAUUGGUCAUAGGGUGCCAAACGCCCUGCUCAUGCUGGUCAAUCUGAAAGCCAAUGUGGUGCUGGUGGACUACCGUGGCUACGGAAAGAGUGAGGGUGAGCCCAGUGAGGACGGACUGUACCUGGACGCCGAGGCCACACUGGACUAUGUCAUGACCCGUCCUGAUCUGGACAAGACAAAGGUGGUACUAUUUGGGCGCUCCCUGGGCGGUGCUGUGGCUGUGCGCCUGGCAUCGGUCAACCCUCACCGCGUAGCAGCCAUUAUUGUCGAAAACACCUUCCUCAGCAUCCCCCACAUGGCAGCGACGCUCUUCUCCUUCCUGCCCAUGCGCCUGCUGCCCUUGUGGUGCUACAGGAAUCAGUUCCUGUCCUAUCGACAGGUGGCGCUGUGCCGCAUGCCCUCGCUGUUUGUGUCUGGUCUAUCGGACCAGCUCAUCCCACCCGUCAUGAUGAAACAACUAUAUGAGCUGUCUCCUACGCGGACUAAACGUCUUGCUAUCUUUCCAGAGGGCACACACAACGACACUUGGCAGUGUCAGGGCUACUUUGCUGCUUUGGAGCAGUUCAUUAAAGACCUGCUGAAGAGCCACGCCCACGAGGAGAGUGCUCAGCCCUCAUCUAGUGUCACCAUUAUCUGAAAUAAACAGCAGGGGACUGACUGUUGACUACAGGAUAUGAGCUGGAGGAAGUGACGGCUGUCGAACGCUUGAUUGGAUGGACUUCAUAGAUUUUUGGAAAGAAUGUACAUUUUUUUUAUGCUUUUGUCUGGGUUUAUAUUUUAUUUCAUUCUUUUUACCUUUUCACUUUCUGUAAAUGUAAUAUAUUUGUUAUCAUGAUUUUACAAUUUUAAGGUUAUAAAGGAGGGCAACAGUUCCCUCGUGGCUUCUUUUGUGUUCCAGCUAUGAAUGCAUGUUUUUGACCUUAAACGAAUGAAGCAAGAGCACACAUGCCCAAAUGCAAGACAUGUCACAACUACAAAAGACUUGCUGUAAAUGGGUCUUAAGAAAUGAACUAAAAUCACUGAAACAUUUUCUCAUAGUAGAAUAACCAUGUGAGCCCCUACAAUAUUUCAGUGAAAACUGAUUGUGACUGGAAUUAACAAUACUCUUCUUCUGGUAACCAAAAUGAGACACUGGUAAUAUGUAGGCCUAUACUGUAUAUAUCUUUGUUAAAACAUAACAUUGCACCUUUUAUUUGUUCUGAUUUACCCAAAUAGGCUAACAUCUUCUGAGCAAUACUUUGAGGAGCACUGCUGAGAAUCAUCAUUGCAUCAGCUUGGCAUGACAUGACAUUGUAGUGAUUAAUACUUCUAUAUACCAAUUUUAAAUUUUGUCAGGCACAGCAAAAACAAAUUUACUGAUUUGCUUACAGUUUAAGUGGUCAGGCAAAAAAAAAUUCUGUUUGUUACUUAUGCCUAUCAAAAAUAACUUGUUGAGAUCACAUUUCUUGUCAAACUACUUGUUUCAGUGCGACACGAAUAAGCUACAAGAUAAUCUCCCCGUUACUGUAUCCUGUUAAAGUACAACUGCCACACAGAAUAGUUUUUACUGUUAAAUAGACUCAAAGUUACUAUUUAGGGACUUUGGCUCCUGUAGUUUGGUAAGGAGCAAUUACUCUGUGUGUGGUUUGGUUAAUAAAUGAUGGAUGCAGAUUUAUUCAAGUCUAUCUGAGUACAGCACUAUAACACAUACCCAUAUGUACACUGACAUGUUACUGGGCGCUGUAAUCCUCCUAUCCAUACUGAGCGUGAAGAUAUGUUUAUAAUGUAAAAUUCUGCAAGAAAAUAUUCCAAAGUUGAGCGGAGGGUGAUAUGAGGCUUCAGCAGUCUCAGUAAGAGGAAUCGAGUGGGUACUUUCCAAGGUAGGGUCCACUGAGUAGAAAUAGACCUCUUUGUGUGGCUGCUCCUCCCUUCAGAUCAACAAGGAAAGUCUGGGAAAAUUCCGAAAGACGUAUUUUGUUUUUUACUCAGACUAAAGCGUCCUAUUAAAAGGACUGGAUUCUGUCCCCCAUCGCUUGCGCUCUAUAAGAACCAGGAAGGGAUUUCUUAAUGGCUAGACUAUAAAUAGCAAUAGGGUUGCAAAAGUCUGUCAAUAUUCAGAGUGGAAAAUACCCACGAGAAUUAACAGGAAUUUAUGUGAAUCUUUAGCGAUAAAAUGGAAAUAUAUUUGCAGAGGUUCUAUUAACCAUGUCAUGCCUUGGAUCAUAUUAUAUGCAGACAUAAUCCAUUUAUUUGCCAAAAUGUACUAAUAAAUAUGAUGUGAAAUGAGCUAAGUGGUGAGUUAGCUAGCCAGCAAGUUAGCUAACGUGGAAAGGUACUUUGAAAAUUUGAACCGACAAAGUGGCUGUGUGCAUACUAAGGGAUUAAAGUUAACCACCAAUUAAUAAUAUAUGUUUUACGAUACAGAAUUAAUACAAAUUGAUUAAUUAAGAGUAUUAUAAUGAUAUAAUACAGUCAUCCCAUUUACAAUAAUUCAAACCUAGGUGAAAGCAUGUAGUUCUUUGGCUCAGACAGAAGUUCAUACUUCUGAUUUCUAUUUAAUGGGAUUCUGCCAAAUGAACUGUACAUGUUAUAUAUUAUGCACCCCAUGUUUACAAUUCAUUUUUAUGGGCAUACUUUUAACCAAAACAUACCAUAAGACCUAGUAGUACUACAAAUCUUUCGACCCUUUGCAACCCUCGACAGGCGGAACCAUUACAGCGCCCAAUUACU